AUGUCGGAAAGGGACAAGCAGCGAAGGUCGCUGGAGCGGGAGCGCAUGGCGACUGUCAUUUUUUCGUAUAUUUCCCAUUUGAUGAGGACACAUGAAGAAGAAACGACAGUUGCUGAUGAGUUCAUUCCAUCAACGAAGUUUUUUCGUACAGAAACUCUACCAAACAUAUCACUUAUUCACUACGUCCGACGCGUUGUGGAACAUAUGAACUGCUCUCCAGAGGCGUACAUAUUUGCACUCGCGUACAUUCGAAGGUUAUUCGUUGCAGGUUUCCCGUUACACACUCAUUCCAUUUAUCGCCUUCUUCUCACCGCCGUUGUCGUUGCGACGCGAGUUCGGGAUGAUUUUUUAUUCUCCAAAAAAUAUUAUUCAAAAGUGGGAGGCGUAACCGCUUGCGACCUCAACAUGAUGGAAAUUCAUUUUCUCGCUGAUCUUCUUGAGUAUCGAGUGGAGGUAUCACCUGAUGAGUAUCGGGUUCUUUGCAAUGAAAUCACGGCGCUGCUGUCAUCUGAAGUCUCAAAGUUUGACGGCAAUUCAUCAAACCCAAAUAAUGACACCGCUGCUGAGGGAGUUGCAUCAAUUCAAGAGCCGGUGGGAAACUCAAAGCCCCGUUGGAUGUCGGAGUGUUGUUUAUAUUGGUAA